AAACUAUCAAAUACUUAGAUGAAACCAUUGGUGGAAUGUUUCUGUCUUUUAUCCUGGGUGGGAUCUUAUACUCAUUGUUGGUCCCUGACCACAUUCCCAGAAACUCCAGGACCAUAAUCCACAGAUAGAAAAUUAGUGAAAGGGAGUCGGGCAGUAGCACAGCGGGUUAAGCACAUGUGGCAUGAAGCACAAGGACUGGCGUAAGGAUCCCAGUUUGAGCCCCCGGCUCCCCACCUGCAGGGGAGUCACUUCAUAGGCAGUGAAGCAGGUCUGCAGGUGUCUGUCAUUCUCUCCCCCUCUGUCUUUCCUUGCUCUCCCCAUUUCUCUCUGUCCUAUCUAACAAUGACAAAAUCAGUAGCAACAACAAUAACUACAACAACAAUAAAAAACAAGGGCAACAAAAGGGAAAAUAAAUAAAUAUAAAAAUUUUUUUAAAAAAGAAAGAAAAAUCUUUCACACAAUUAUAAAAAAAAAAAAAAGAGAGAGAGAGAAAAAGUAAUGAAAGAGAAUGACCAGAUAGACCCCAUGAAUGAGUGUAUCUUAAGGCUCAAACCCAGAUCACAUGUAUACAAGCCAUGUGUCUUUCCAGGUGAGCACACUUGACAUUUUAUAAACUGGUCAUUUCAUUUGGGUUGGAAUCUAAUCCUAAAUCAGAGUGAGUCCUUCCUCCCUGUGAGACAGGAUGCCAUGGGGAGAGAGUUGCCCACUUAUUAAAGGGGUGGUAACAAUGAUUUUAUACUAACUUGGAUUAUCACAUGUCCCCAAGACCACCUGGUAUAGUUCCACAUCAGAGAAUAGCUCCAUAGGAAGAACUUAGACCCUGAAUCUGAAAUGUAUUCUUAUGUGAUGGUACUUUUUUUUUUUAUGGUAUAAUUUAAGACAGUGUUGCCUGAUCAGGUAAUAAUCCUGAAAUGGGGAUAUGGGGUUUUUUCUGAGAAAAAUUAUUUCCAAUAGGUAAUAUGUUUUAUACCCUUGUGCAUACAAUUCAUCCAACCUGAGUGAAAUUCAAUGAGCCUUUAGUAAUUUGCAGUUCUCAGCAUGUCCAGCAGCCAUAGUGAGGUCCAGAUCAUCUGGAUCAGUUUGAUGACAAGGAGUGGAGCCUGGAAGAUGGCACAGUGUGUAAAGCACUGAAGUCUCAAGCUGAGAUCCUGAGUUCAGUUAUAAGCAUCAUAUAUGGACUCACUAACCUGUGAAGAUGUAACUGUGAACUUCAGUCAGGAGGAGUGGACACUACUAAAUCCUUCCGAGAAGAAGCUCUACAAAGAUGUGAUGUUGGAAAUAUUCCAUAACCUUGUCUCAAUAGGAAAAUUGCAAGAGGAUCUUUUCAUUGAACAACAGCAAGACCAUGAAGGGAGUAAACAAAGAAACAUAAAAAAGACGUUAAUUGAGAAGGCUGAAAGUCUAUAUAGACAGAAACCUCAUGAAUGUGAAGUAUGUCAUAAGAAAUUCACUUCUUCCAGUUAUCUUCAAACAUAUGAAAGAACUCAAAUCAUGGGAAAAUCCUAUAAUUGUAAACUAUGUAGUAAGGAAUCCAUCCAACCCAGUAAACUUUGGACCCAUGAGAGAUCUCAAAGUGGAGAAAAUUUAUAUGAAUGUAAACAAUCUAGUAAAACAUUCAGUCAGUCUAGUUCUCUACAUAUACUUGAAAGAACUGACAGUGGAAAGAAUCCUUAUGAAUGUAAACAAUGUGGGAAAGCCUUUAGUUAUUUCUCCAGUUUUCAGAGGCAUGAAAGAAGUCACAGUGGAGAGAAACCCUAUGAAUGUAAACAAUGUAGUAAAACAUACAGACACUACAGUCAUCUUCAGCGCCAUGAAGGAACUCACAGUGGAGAGAAACCUUAUGAAUGUAAACAAUGCAGCAAAACCUUUAGUUAUUUUUCUACUCUUCAGAGGCAUGAAAGAAGUCACAGUGCAGAGAAACUCUAUGAAUGUAAACAAUGUAAUAAAAUGUUCAGUCAUUCCAGUUAUCUUCAGAAACAUGAAAAAGAUCACAGUGGACCAAAACCCUAUGGAUGUAAACAAUGUAGUAAAACAUUCAGUUGUCCCAGUCAUCUUCAGACACAUGAAAGAACUCACAGUACCAAGAAACCCUAUGAAUGUAAACAAUGUAGUAAAGCAUUCAGGCGAUCCAGUCAUCUUCAGCAACAUGAAAGAACUCACAGUGGAGAGAAACCCUAUGAAUGCAAACAAUGUAAUAAAGCAUUCAGGCAAUACAGUCAUCUUCAACAUCAUGAAAGAACUCACAGUGGAGAGAGACCUUAUGAAUGUAAACAAUGUAGUAAAACAUUUGUUUGUUCCAGGACUCUUGAGGGUCAUGAAAGAAUUCACAGUGGAGAGAAACCGUAUGAAUGUAAACAAUGUAAUAAAACAUUCAGUUUUAAUAGUUCUCUUCGGAGACAUGAAAGAGCUCACAGUGGAGAGAAGCCCUAUGAAUGUCAACAAUGUAGGAAAAGAUUCAGUCGCUCCAGUCAUCUUCGGACACAUGAAAUAACGCACAGUGGAGAGAAACCUUAUGAAUGUAAACAAUGUAGUAAAGCCUUUGGUUAUUUCUAUACUCUUCAGAUCCAUGAAAGAUCUCACAGUGGAGAGAAACCCUAUGGAUGUAAACAAUGCAACAAAGCCUUUAGUUAUUUCUCUAGUCUUCAGAGGCAUGAAAGAAGUCACAGUGGAGAGAAACCCUAUGUACAUAAAAAAUGUAAAAUAUUCGGGCACUACAAUCAUCUUCAGUGCCAUGAAGGAACUCACAGUGGAGAGAAACCCUAUGAAUGUAAACAAUGUAAUAAAACAUUCAGUCAUUCCAGUUAUCUUCAGAGACAUGAAAAAAAUCACAGUGAACCAAAACCCUAUGUGGUGGAAGCAAAGUCAAGUCUCCUGGCUGACAAAGUACAGAGCAAGCCAGGACCGACUGCAAAACAGGAAGUCCUAGACCAAACUGAAGCUAUUCAUCCUUUUUGUUUAAUGGCAGAGGUGAAGUCAAGUCUGUUGGCUGGCAAAGUAUAGAGCAGGCCGGGGCCAACUGCAAUGCAGGAAGUCCUAGACUUAACUGAAGCUAUUCAUCCUAUUUGUUCUCAAUUACAUCGGUAAUUUGAGGCAUUAUUGGCAAUAUUGAAAAUGCACAAGUAUUACCUGGUGACAAUAAAAAGAGAUCCCCAGGGGAAGUACAUAGUGACAAUUAUGGCAGUGAAUGUAGCAAGACUAAAAAUGGCCUAAGAGUAAAAGCUGCUUCACUCAUCGAGAGACUUUCAGAAAAAUUGCUAUUUGUCACCACUACAGCUUCUCAAUUAGUUAGACUCAGACCAAAAGCCAGAACUAUGGGUGGCUUAUAGAAUAAGUGGCAGCCUGUGGUUUCCACAUAAAUACAUAGAGGCCCUGUCACUUACCCUCACCCACAGACCCCCCUGCUGCACUUACAGGUACCUAUGAUAUAGAGAGAGGUUGUGUAGUUAGAGAGCUAAUAUAAGGGUUAAUGGGUAAAAAUUAGUAAACAUUCAUAUGGGUAAAAGUUAGUGAAUUCUCAUAUAUACAAAGGUUAGCCAGUAGAGAGCCCCCAUUGUGUGUGCUUACUUUACAGCAGAAGAUUUCUUUAGGUAGACAGUUUGCUAGAUUUUAGAAAAGUGUUACUUAGGCCCAUCCAAGAAUGGGUUAAGAAGAAAAGCUAUUAGACUGAGCUCCAGAGAAGAUAUGCCAACCUAACACAAUCAGCCGAAACAAAGGGAAUCAUGUUUUUGAAGUUAUGGCCACAUCAAGGCCACACGGAUGGUCAAAGCCUAGGGGAGGGCAGGGUGCCACAGACCAAAGAAACUUUCAAGGAGAACAUGCUUAUAAUGAUAAUAAUGUCUAUAGUGAUAAUAAUGUCUGGAGUUAUUUUUUAAUGUUAAUAAAUAUAGUCUUGCAUGAUGUCAACUA